AUGGAUAAAUUGAAGAAUCUGCUUUUCGUGAAAAACGGGAACUUUUCGAACGCGCAGAUCAAGGUUCUGGCCUUCACAUCGCUCAGCAUGCUGGUGCUAAUGGUGACGGGCGACGGCCUCCAGACCCCCCUGGGCUAUAUCAAAAACGUGAAGCAGGACCUCAGAAAAGAAGCGCAAGAGUCGGAAGAAUCGAUGGAAAAGAAGCUUGUUAAGGAAUUGGGAUACACCACCUACCACGAAUGGAAGAAGGCUGGUAUCAUUCCGUCGGACGAUGAAAAGAAGUGA